UAUUGGCCUUACUUCAAAGAUUGUAUUGGGGCAAUAGAUGGCACACAUAUUAAAAUACACGUCCCAAUAGAGAAACAAAAACCGUUUUUCAAUAGGAAAGGACAUACAAGUACUAAUGUGAUGGUUGUGUGUGACUUCAAUAUGUGUUUUACUUUUGCAUUGUGUGGAUGGGAAGGAUCUGUUCAUGAUGCAAAAAUUCUUAUGGAUACUCUUCGUAAACCUAAUUUGCGAUUUCCUUAUCCUCCAGAAGGCAAAUACUAUCUUGUAGAUUCAGGAUAUCCCUCGCUUAAAGAUUUUUUAGCACCAUACAAGAAUGCAAGGUAUCAUCUUGCACAUUUUAGACUUGCUCCAGGAUUUAGAUCAAGAAAUGAAACUUUUAAUUAUUAUCUUUCUAGUUUGAGAAGUGUGAUUGAAAGAACUUUUGGUGUGGUAAAAGCAAGAUGGAAAGUAUUACAAGAAAUGCCUAAUUUCAAGCUUCAAACUCAAAUGGCUAUUAUUUGGGCGUAUUUUGCACUUCAUAAUUUUUUAAGAAGAACAGACUCAAGUGACUUGGAUAUUCUUGAAAGUUUAGAGAACAUCAAUGGUUUACAAGAUAAUGAGCAAGAUUUCCAUGAAGGAGAUGCAAAUGGAAAUGGUGUACCUACUCAUGGUGAAUGGCAAGCUCCAACUCAAGCUGAUGUUAGAUAUAUUGAAGAAAUAAGAAACACCAUCAGAGAUCAACUACCAAGAAACAUGGGGCGACAACGACAAUAGUUUUAUUUUUAUGUUUGAUGACUUUAAAAUAAAUCUAGAAUGAGA